GCACAAGCUCUCCACAAGCUCCGUUACCUGUCGCUUGCUCCCUCCUAACGGUCGCAAUGGCCCGCGCGUGUGCUUGGUUACACCUAUCUUCCUUAUCGCAGUCUCUCCUCCCCGGCGCCUAUCUCCGGCGAGCUCCUCCGAGCUCGUCUAUGCUGCCCAGUCGUCUCUAUUCCCCUGCGAGGCUUGUCCCGCUCUCCAACAGGUCCAAGCUGCCGUUAACUGCUUCUCGAGCGCAUGCCCGGCGAGGCCCCUCACUCAAGGAAAAUGGAGUCGCUUCGGCUGCUGAUCUUCAAUUUGAAGCUCCUCUGAAGAUAGUGGAGUAUCCGGACCCUAUACUGAGAGCAAAGAACAAGCGGAUUGGCACAUUUGACGAUAACCUGAAGAAGCUAGUGGAUGAGAUGUUCGACGUUAUGUACAAAACUGAUGGGAUAGGGCUCUCAGCUCCCCAAGUUGGAAUCAACGUUCAGCUCAUGGUGUUUAACCCAGUUGGCGAGCGUGGUGAGGGCGAGGAGAUCGUUCUUGUGAACCCUAGGGUCGGAAGAUACUCCAAAAAGACGGUGCUCUUCAAUGAAGGCUGCCUCUCCUUCCCUGGAAUCUAUGCUGAUGUGCAGCGGCCAGAAUCUGUGAAGAUUGAUGCCCACGACAUUUCCGGCGCGAGGUUUACAUUUGAUUUGUCAGGUCUACCUGCACGUGUGUUCCAACAUGAAUUUGACCAUUUAAAGGGGAUUGUUUUCUUUGAUCGAAUGACUGAAGAAGUCGUUGAAAGUAUCCGAGCAGAUUUGCAGGCCUUAGAAAAGAAGUAUGAGGCCAAGACAGGGCGACCUAGUCCUGAACGGAUAGAAACCCGUAAGAAGAAAGUUGCUGUCGGUUUUGGGAAGUCAUGAUUAUCAUUUGGUUCGCUUACCAUUCACUCUUUGCAAAAUCAAUUUUUAGUAUAUAUAGGCUUUUAUGUACACUCAAUUUAUGUGCCUACAGGACCUUGUUGGCCUGAUUGGAAGCAUAAUAUGCAUUAAGCAUGGAAUGAAAUAAACGAUGUGCUAUGAAGAUGCUUGGAGCAUUAAAUCCUUCCUCCCUGCAGAAGUGCAGAAGCUGAUGAAUGAUGUAUAGACGAUGUGCUACAAGUCAACCUUUGCUGAGGAGAUAGUUAGGUCAAGAAAAAGCAAAAAGGAAAGAGAGAGAGAGAGAGAGAGAGAGAAGAGUAUGUUAUUGUCGAUUUACCUGCAUAUUAUUCGUUUCUAAGAGCUUUUGGUGAAACUGAGGCCGGCUCUUGCAGUAAACAAAUCUUGGGGAAAUUGUGUUUGGUUCCUCUCUUUGUUAUUACUCUGAAUAUAGUGAAGUGUGUGAGUUUUCAGUGAGCGUGGCAUGUAACAAAACAUGUUGUACUUUUUAAAUUUAGGAAUUUUCUUUUCAUAGUAGUAA